CCCGCCUCCCGCCCCCGCGGCAUGGCGUGCGCGGCGCUGCGCAGGGGCGGGCGGCGGCGGCGCGGGCCCGGGGCGCCCCCGCGCAAGGCGGCGGCUGCGCGCAGGGGUCCACGCCGGAGCGGGCCUUGCGCGGCCGGGAAGCGUGGGAGGAAAGUUGCCCCCGAAAAGAGCUGAAGACUCUUCUGGGUCGGGUCGGGUCGGGUUGGCCUGGCUGAGGCGGCCGCGGCGACCCGCGCAGCAGCCGCGUUCCUCAGCCUCCCCCGGCUUCAGGUUCUUUAAAAGCCCCCUUUCCCCCUCACGGUGUCACUCGUUUGUUGACUUAACUGUUGCGGUCCCAUCCCCGGCUGUUUUUAACAAAUUCUGUUGGUUUUUUUCAUUAUUAUUUCUAAUUCAGUCAACAUAAAAAUACUGGUUGGCUUUAAAUACAUGCGGAUAUAAAGGCUCUGCUCAGUUCCUCGGGGGGAAUUGCGUAGUGGUUUUAGGGCCUUUCCUUUUUGUCCGGGAACAGGUGUUAACAGCAGCUCAACAUAUGUCUUAGGGGCGCUGCCUUUUAAUUGGAAGCUCGAAUUAAGUGAGCGGUUCUCCCGCAGCAACUGCGGCCUGUGCCUGGAAGCAAGCGCUUCGGGUCCGCGGCAGUUAGGCGCCGCUGCGCACAUGCAAAGCCGCGGCGGAGCCGCGAGAAACCGCAGAUGGCAGCUCCGCCGCGCAGCCCGGCGGUCUGAGAGGCGGGCGCGCAGGCUGCGCGCCGGGUGUGAUUUACGCGUCCUUGAUGUGUGAACCGGCGGCGGCAGCAUGGAUGCAGCGGGGAAUCCCAGCGCGAGCGCUCUCGCAGCGCGGAGCCUUGCUGCCUUGCGCGAGCAGAAAUGACGACAGGCUCUGCAAGGUGGGGGAGGAGUGAGAAAACAGUUUCCCUGAGAUCUCCCCUUCUCUCACCCCCAUUUUCUCCCUUGAUGUUUUCAACCAUUCGGACUCUACGGCGGGCUGAGACUUUCGUGCAGCGAGACAAAACCUGAAGGAUGCACCGAGUUGCCUUUCACACUAACAUGUUUCAAUGUUUUCGCUAAAAAAGGGAGAGGGGAGAGGCUUUUUUUUUUUGGCGGAGGUGUUGAAAUGAACAAAAGGAGGAGGGGGAGGCGAUCCCCUUCGGAGGAAGCCGAGCCGGCGGUGCUGGGCUCCCGGCGCGGAGCGGCGCGUCCCCGGGCGGGGAUGUGGCGCGGGGGUGACAGUGACCCUUAAGAUGGCUGCUGCCAUCCGCGGUGUUUUAAGACGGACCGUUAAGGUGGAGGAGGCACUGGCUUGCCCCGCUUUCCGCAGCAGCGGGGAGAAGCCGCCGACGGCGCAUCGGACCCUGUCUUCGGAGCGCAUAAAACGUGCUCCUCUUAAAUUAUACCGGUUUUAUUUCUUUGACGCUCUUCGAUUAAUAUUUUAGAAUAACAAAUAGCUGCUGUAUGAUAACAUCCACCUAAGAUCAUCAGAAUAACCUUCUAAGUGUAUUUGCUUGCAUUUCUUCAUGACAAUUGCUCUUCCACUUUCCUCCCAGGCUUGGCAAUGAAAAUAUAUUGCUUAGUUUCACUUUCAGCUUUCCCACUGCUCUGCUUCAGCUGCAAAUGAAGUGAACAGUCCACCUGCAACAACCAAUUCCUUUCCGUGUGCCGCUCCACAUCGCUGCCCAUUGCCUUCUAGAUUUUCUGGGAACUGUCGCCUUCAUGGACAUUCUCCUAAUGUCUUUUUUAAAUAAAGAAAGAAAACCAUCAAGCUGGCGAUUUGUUUAGCUUCUCCUCGAAAUGAUAAACUAAUGUUAUCUAAUCCGGUAUCAAGUUUGCACACCCACAUAGAAACAGAUUAUACGUUUCAAUUCUCAAAACGCAUUCACUAUUUUUGCAUAUGUAAUUCCACUGAUGCUUAUGAGGACCAUUCAGUGUGCAUUUAUGUAUGGAAGUACAUGUUCACAGGAUCACGGCCUAGGCAAAAAACCUUCUUCUUUCAGCCUUAUUCUUCCACCUUGUUCCUUGAGAUCCUAAAAGUCUGAGAAGUUUUUACUUCCACUGAAAUAAAAUAAAGAUGAAAGUCAUUAUGACUGACUUUUGUUACAUGAUGGCUACUUUGGAUCUCUGAUACAUUUCAUUUUGUGUUUAUGAGAGUCUAGUGGAAAAAAAGACUGUUGUAUGGCAUAUGGUAGGACACUGAUAACCAGAACAAUAAAUCUACCAGCCUGUGGCUAAGGAUACAGCUACUAUAGUAACAUUUAUAAACACCAGUUUCACUACAAACGCAGAACAACUGCCUACUAUUGCAAAGAGGAACAGCUUAAAAAGAAAUCUCUCUUUAACUGCUAUUAGGGAACCUUUUCUACAAGUUCAGCUCCCUGUGAGUUCGUAGCACCACAUACCAGCUCUAAGAACAAGAAUCACACUCCACUACCAUGUCUGGGAAGUGAUGAAUACCAUACAGAAAAGCUGAUGAGUAACUACUUUAUAUUGGAGGUUUUAACAGUGUGAAGGUACAGGGCUAUGUGCUGAAUCACAAUGAGGAAAUGACGAAGUGACUAAGACCUUAUUAGGUACACAAAUCAUCCCAAGUUGUCUUAUGAAUUCUGUAUUUCCAAACUUUUCUGUUCUUAAUUUUGCUGUAUUACUAAUUUUUAACAUAUUUCUUAUUUACAAUUUUUAUAUAAUUUCACAUGGAGUUCCCAGCUUCUUGACCAUGUAUGUGUCAUUACAUGGUAAUGUAGAGUUUAUAAUACAGAGAAUGAGAACAAUGCUUGGGUAACAUGUAGUAUUAUCUAAUAUUAAAGUAAAAAUUCAUAACAUAUUCAACUCUUUUAUAGAAUGACAUGGGGAAAAUCAGAAGAUAAAUCAAAGCUACCUGAUUUUGAACUUUCCAGAGAUGAGGAAGAUCAUCUGGAGAAAGUCAAGAUUGUACCCAAGAAUGUAGAUUCCAAGGGCAUUUCAAUUUUUUGUUCAGUAUGUCAACAAACAAUAUACCCACGUCAUCUUUUUUAUCAUAAAAAAGAGCACACAGCCCUAAGUUUCCUGGGCUAUAGUAGCCCACAGACAGACAACAGAACACUUUUAGCUUGGAGACAGAAGCUGAUUUCAAAACUGACCAGGCUUCCUAGAUAUUCUGAGAGACCUAGGCAGAAGAUUGAUUAUUCAUUUGAAUUCCUCAUGGAUAAACAGACUUGCACAUCAUGUUGUGAUCUUGACAACAUUAACAAUUCUAGCACUCUUAAGAAAGUAAAAAAUUCUUUAAUAAAGGCAUUAUCAAUUUAUCAAGAUAAAAAUUCUACUUGGCAAGGAGACAUGGAAGAAUAUAUUGUGCUGGACAAUUAUGGAAGUAGGUCAGAGACAUGUUUUCUCAGGUUAGUUGAUGGCUAUCAUGGUGUGACAGCUGCAGAAGCAGUUUCAGCUGAGCUUCCACUUUUAUUUCUUGACCAACUUGCUCAAGCAGAUUCCUCCUACAUGAAGAGUAAGGAUGAACAGGAAAUUCUAGAUUCUUUUGCCACAGUAAUCACAGCAGAUUACAGGGAAAAAGAGAGGAUUUUCUCUGAUAAACAGGACAAUGACAAGACUAAGAAGACAAAUACUUACAAAUGGAUUCACAAAGCAUAUGCCAAGUCCUUCUGGAGAAUGGACAGACUUUUACAACUAGGAAGGAAUGAAGUUUCCAAAGUUCACUGGAGCAGCUGUUCAACUGUUACCUGUUUGGUGGAGAGAAUGCACAAUGAAAAGACAGAUAGCACUGAGGAGGAAGAAAGCAAAUAUUUUGAAAACCAUGGGCAUAGUCCACUAGCCAGGACAUCCAAAGGUGUUGCUGGGUUACUGCACAUUGUUAAUAUUGAUAACGUACAUGCAGUCUUAUGUAAAAAUGGAAAAGCAUAUUGCCUCUCAGAAGAGCAGAGCACUUCUAAUGCAAGUGAGAGAAAACGCAUACUACAGAAUGGUGGCAGAAUCAGCAUUAAUGAACCAGAUGGAUUAGUAGAAGGGCAUCUGAGAACCAUAAGGGGUCUUGGACAUCAUGGAGAUCCAGUACUGAAAAAAUCUGUUAUACCUGUACCUCAUACCAUAUCUGUCCCUAUCUAUGAUUCUUGCCAAUUUCUUAUUUUAGCUUCCAAUGGGCUUUGGGAAGUUUUGGAUUACAGUGAGGUACUUGCAUUAACACUAACAACGUUCACUCAUUAUUUGAGAAUGUAUAGAUGUAUUCAGCAAAAUAGGACUUCUCUGCAUAAGUGUCAAUAUUUGAUGCCUCCUUCUGAAAGCCACAUAAAUGACUCAAAGGCUAUUAAUGAUCUGCAAGAUGGAGCAGAGAUGCUACAUUCUAAAACAGAUAUUUUUCUUGCUGACUCAAAAGGCAACCUGACACAAAAUGAGCCAAGAUGUUCUAGCAGGCGCUAUCUGCACAGUGAAGAUGGAGUUUCCAAAGACACUGACGACCACAAAAAUCAAGCUGAUACAGAACCAUGUCCUUUCAGGAACAAUGAAAUACAUUCACAGAACAGAGAGAUAACACAGUCCGAUUCUAGCACAGCAAGUGGCUCCAAAGAACUGAAACAGUUUGAGACCAAAGUGCAUCUAUGUAACAGCCUGCAGCCACAUUCACAGACCGCAGGGCAAGCUGACACAGACUUAGACACUUUCUGUGCGAGAGGUCCAAGUCACACUGCUGAACAACCGGUGAAGAAUGCACUGGUAAUAGAGUCUACAGACACAAAAGAGCCUGAAGAUGACACAAAAGCGUACCUUUCUAAUUGUGAUUCAGAUGCAAAACUGGCCAAAAAAGUGGACUCCAAGCCACUUUCUGACAAAACUGCAAGUUACACUGGUCAACAACUGGUAAAGACCGUACUGACAGUUGGUUCUAAACCAUCACCGCAGUCUGAAGAGGGCACAAAAAUAUACCUGUCUGGUUGUGAAUUGCCCACUGCAGCAAGAGGCAGAGUCCCCUCCGAGACGUUCUACGACAACACAGCAGGCUAUGUUAGUGAACAACUGGUAAAGACUGCAUUAGCUGCAGGUUCAAUAGAUAACAUUACUAUUUUGAUUGUACUUCUAAACGGAUGUGAUAAAAUACCUAACUACAUCAAUAUUUAAAAGUGUAUCCGACAAUAAAUGGAGUGCCACUGUACAUAUAGUACAAGCUUAUAUUUAGCU